AAUAUCUCUCAAGACAUCAAAUCAAGUCCAGUGGCUAUGUUCAUAGUGGAAGUGAGGCUUGCUCACCCAGGAUGAGGGUGACCCAGGUCAUCUACUAACUAGGGGUUAGUGGUUCAAUCCCUGGCCGCUCUACUCUGCAUGCCAACUUAUCCUUCGGGUAGACACUGGACCUCAUUCAUUGGAGUGUGAAUCUUAGAAAGAUAGCACUCGGGCAAAGAAGAUUUAUUGUAUGAAAGUGCCUUGAGUGGUCAAGUAGAAAAGCACAAUAUAGGAACCAAUUCAUUACUGCUUUGUGAGUUUUACUCUUAGAUUAUGAGGCUAUGACUUUAACACCUUCUAGCAAUCCGUUGCCUGCUGAACCUUUUUCUAACCUCUCAGCCUCUCUGUCUUCUCAUCCCAGAAAAUCACAAUCUGUGGGAGCUGCUGAAAUCUUUCCACUUAGUGUGGGAGACAUGCCAUUGUGCCUGCUAUGCCCACUGACCUAAUUCAGCUCAGUGCCUAAUGUCAUACCAGUGAAACUUGGUGUUAAACAAUAAAUAUUUUCUACUGUAGGUUAAAAAACUGAUGGGUUGACAAAGAAAAUGUGAUUGUUUCUCAUUACAGAGCAUGUUGAGGAGAAGAUGAAUAUAGAUUUUUAAUCUGCAGCCAGAUGCUGCUGUAUAUGAUUGGAUAGCUGUUGAUCCUUGUGUACUUUUGUGUGUGUAUGACUGCGUGCAUGUGGAGAUGUGUGUGGGUUAAUAAAGCCUGUGGUGAAAAUAGAAUUGGGCGCUCGUUACUGUGUGAUUGUCAGAGACUGAGAUCUGCCCUACUGUCGAUCCCAGGGCAGCUGCUGUUAUACUCACACCAGUAUUUUCUCUCUCUGCUUUUUUUUUAAAUUUCCUGGUUUGUACAUUUGGGUUUUUAUCCUUUUAUAGUGUCGUUUCAACCAGUUUCUUAUAUCUAGAAAAGUAAAUACUUUUUUAUAGUUAUAGCUUUAAUUUUCUUUUUUGAACAUGUCACCUUCUUUAUUUCAGUCCCUCUGUGUCCCAGCUGCAACAUGUAUUUAAAUUCUGUCUUCAUCUAUACAUUUCUAUCUAGCUUUGUUUCUUUUUUUUUAAUGAUUAAGUUGAUUUCUGAAAAGUAGAUCAAGGUCAUAGCACAUAUUGGUAUGGCAGAGGGAGAAAUGAGACAAAGCAAAAUUCCUUUGUUUUCUUAGCCUUGCUAUUUUUCUACAAGACAAUGUGUUCCUGUCCAAGCCAAGAAUUUAAGUGGCUCUGUGGCUCAAAGUUCAUUAUAAAUCUAAGAGUCGUUUAAUGAGAGCUUGCUGCUCUCUGGCUGAGUCGUUCAGGGUAACACGGUGGAAAUAAAACCAGUAUUAUUCUGAAUGAGACAGUGAAAGAAAGUUAUACAGACACAGACAGAAGGAAAGGAAGAGAGUGGGUAUAAUGAAGGCAGAAAAGCUAAGAAAUGUGAUGGUGACAUAGGAAAUAAUGAGGUACACCACCCAAACUGGAUGUCUUGCCACGUCUUGGUGGGGAACUGGGCGGGUGGUUGGUUGAAGUUAUCAGAGCGGCGCUGUCAGCUCUUCCUUACCCAGGGUUGCUUUGUGGACAGGAGAGCUGAUUGAGUAGCUGUCUGAGUGGGGAGACUCUGCUGACUGUGAGCGAUCCAUCUCUGGGAUGAUGGGUAAUAAAUGACUCUGUGGGGGUCGCCUCGGGGCUGAAGGUGAUUGACAGGGCAGCUACGUCUGUGCAUUUUCCUUGUGCGUGUUUGUGUAUAUUUUGAACCUGGGUGUCUUGGGGUUUGGGGAAAAUGGAGAGAGGAGAGAGUUCUGAGUUAUUUUGUCGGAACUUUGAAUUAGCACGGUGAAAAUUUGAGAUGUCUACCUCGAAGGUUUGAUUUAUGGAGAGUAAAGAAAAUGUUUUGCUCUGUUUUUUGUUUUCAGUGGUGGAAACAAGCUUCUGUACUAAUCUCAGUAUCCCUGGUGAAAAUGAGCACAUCUAGCACAUUACACUACGGUUUGUGCUCACACCCAACUAGGGAGACAGAGACACAGCUUGAAAGGUACAAGUCCAACUCAAAAUCAUUAAAUUUUGCUGCCAUGCAACUUUUAAAAUGCUCAGAGCAUCGCAUCAUCAGUUGUUGAUAACAAAGCAAAUAGCAAAAUGUAGUGUCCCUCAGCUAAACCAAUCAUCUUUGCCCCACUGUUUCUCACUUUGCAUACUAACUCAUUCUACUGAUGUGGCCUAGUCUGAUUAGAUGUGUAAUUUUAUUUUAUCUUUUUAAGUCUGAAAAUUAGAACUUAGAGAAAGUUUGGAAGUUUAAGGCUUCAGCCGUACAGGCCUAAUGACCUGUUGGCUACCCCGUGGCAACCACUGGAUGUUGGAAAAAAAUGUUUGUCCACACACAAUUUGCUGAGUGGUUGCUGGAGUUUGCUAGCAGUUGCUAGGUAAAAAAAAGGUCACAAAGAGGCUGCUACAAUCCUCCUGAUUGCUUUAGUUGCUAGCAUAUUGUCACAGUGGCUGUAGUUUACACAGAAGAUCCCAGCUUAUCUGCAAACACCCCCCGACUGCUUGUAAGGUGGUAGUUAAACUGAAAAUUGUGACAAAAACUAGAAAUGUCGCAUGUACAGCGAUGAUUAACAUCUAUGUUUUUUUUAUUAAUUUAUUUUAAAUCCCAAUUUUCUGUUACUUUCUUAUACAUUAUGUUCAUUUCAUCAUCCACCUGAGAAUACAAUGUUACGGUCUCCAUUUGAAUUUGUUUCAUGUGCUACGGUCAACCUACAUCUCCUGUAUGUAACUUAACAGUCACCAGAUUUGUAUCCAUGUUAUUCGGUAUUGAAAAGAAAUAUGUCUGCAGCAUUGAGCAUUAAAAGCAAAUAUUGAAAGCUUGCAUUGAUUCUUGACCUUGUUUACUUAACGUUGUAAACACACCUUAAGACUCAUAAUUUGAUUAAUUGUCAUACAACAGAGACAAUCUAACUACACAAAAGGUAAAAGCAAUCAAACAAAGACUGAUACACAUUGCUGUGACGUGCUAAUACAAGAAAUACAUUCCUUAGGUUUUUCUCUCAUGAUAGCAUCACAAUCCCGGACGUUUAUCACGCUUACAUGCUUCCUGCUGAUUAAAAUCAAAGUGUCAGUAUACGUACCUGAAGGUAUCCGAAUAUAAGGUACACGGCAACCAUUAACUUUGUGUAGUUGUAUACUGUGAAGCAGUAUUUUGAAGUUGAACUCAAAGUCCUCACAGUCCUAAGAUGAGAUUGCAUUACAUCACAACCAUGAAAGAACAGGUAAGAUUUACAGUGACUAAUUGUUGGUUUUGCUGGGAGAGGUUGCCAUGUUAACGCACAGCCUUCAGGGUGUAGCAGUAAUAAUGUUCUCAUAUAAUUUCUUUCUAAUCGUGCUGUUCAUUUAUUCUUCAGUUACUGUGUGGGGAGCAAAGGAAAUUAAUGAGCUCAUUAUUCUCCUUUGUGUUUUUACAAAGCUCUCACUAAAUUAGAUAGAUACAUUAUUAAUAUUGUCUCUUGAGUCCAAAUCAAUUAGGUGACUGCCUCAAAAAGGCGAUUUUGUUGAUUAUCUAACUCUAACCCUUGUCUUUCGAGUUGUGCGCUGUGGGCAAAGUUUCCUGUGUUGUGGGCAAACUGUAAGAUUAUAUGCUGAGAUUCCGGGAUUCCACAGUGACACAUAAUCAUGUCAUUUUGGCCCCGGGAGGAGCUGUUAGUAUCAGGUUUGUCAGGUGAGCAAACAGGUGCAGGUCCUCUAACACCACUGGGAAAGGACAGGUGACUGUGCGUGUUUUGGUAUAAUGCAGGAUUGGGCUUUUAAAGGGCUGGUUAGGGUGUGUAUGUCUGUGUUUGUUGGCCACAAAGAGUAGUCUCAGUUGCGUGCGCGCACACACACACACGGCACUCCAGAAAACUGGGAGGGCAGGAUUUAUUUUGGUUUAAACACUGCUGUGUGGAUGACUUUUACAUUCAGUUGCUCUUUGGACUUUGGAUAUCUGACACGGAAAGAUAGGACGCAAGAUCUCCCUGCCUCCCCUCUGCAGUACCAGUGUGGAUCAGUGGACUACCUGUGUUCUCCAAGGCUCAUAAAGAAAGGUCCGACCCCCAGACCAUGUCACGACAAGCCUCCAAUCAAACCGCGGCCUCAGCCCCCCACCUCGCCCAGAACACUAACCGCUCAGAAACCUCAAGUGCCCCCUAAACCUGCGCACCUGCUCGCCCUUGGGCAAGACAAGAAACCUAAGAGGAUCCCACCAGCACCCUCCAGGCCUCUGCCAGCACCCCCUCUUCCACCUAAACCAAAGCCUACGCUAACCCCUCCUGGCCAGGGAGCACAGCCGCAGAGAGAGGCACAGAAAGUUGGGCUGCUGAUUGAGAGGUUUGAAAAUUCAAGGGUCCCCAUCCUUGGGGUGCUUCCACGCUCACAGCUGCAGCUGUGUCUGAGAAUGGACAGUGCACCAGAUAUCACUUCCUGCAGCCAGGACACCACGGCAAAGGUUGCAGGAGACUCCUUCCCUGUGGAUAAACCUGCGCUUGGCAACUUUGAACGGACUGACGACGAGACUGAUCUCUCGCGUCUGGCUUCCAUGCGCAUCGACGGCACCGGUGAUCCUGUGAUGGAUAGCUGUGCAGUGAAUGACAUCACACAGAACGAUGGCUGCCUCAAUGACGUGGGACGGGAUGAAGGUUCAUCCCACAAACUUCUGGACAAUCCGGACUCCUCAGAGCAGAACGGGAAGAUUCCCAACCGGGACAGUGGCAUUGACAGCCCGUCGUGCACCGUGGAAGGGGAGGUGUUCCCUAAUGAGGAUGUCAUUGACGAGGAGGAUAAUUACGACAGCGUCACUGAGACAGAGAGUGUGUCCUGCUGCGUUACACUGGACAACAAGCGAGACUCAACGCAGGAUGAGGACAGUGACUUAGAUGAGGGGAGCAGUGGGGAGAUACACUCUCUGACAGACACACAGAUUGGGUAUCUCACAGAUACACACUCGGAGGCGCAGAAAUGCUCAGAAGCUCAGAAACUCCUGAAUAUUGCCAAAGAGCUUCUCCAAACUGAAGAGGCCUACGUGAAACGACUCAAUCUCCUCGACCAGGUAUUUUGCACAAAGCUCACCGAGGCUGGAAUCCCUCAGGACGUCAUUACUGGGAUCUUCUCCAACAUCUCUUCUAUCUACUGCUUUCACGAUAAGUUCCUGCUCCCUGAGCUCAAGACACGGAUUACUGAUGAAUGGGAAAACAAACCACGCAUCGGAGACAUCCUCCAGAAACUGGCUCCAUUCAUGAAGAUGUAUGGAGAGUAUGUGAAGAACUUUGACCGGGCCAUGGACUUGGUCAACACCUGGACGCAGCGAUCGUCACAAUUUAAGAGUGUCGUUCAGAAUAUACAGAAACAGGAUGUGUGUGGGAAUCUGACGUUGCAGCACCACAUGUUAGAGCCAGUCCAAAGGAUUCCUCGCUAUGAGCUCUUGCUCAAAGACUACCUGAAGAAGUUGCCCAAUGAUGCUCUCGACAGAAAAGAUGCUGAAAAAGCACUGGAGCUCAUUUCUACCGCAGCUAACCACUCCAAUGCAGCAAUCAGGAAAAUGGAAAAGAUGCACAAACUGUUGGAGGUUUAUGAGAGGCUUGGAGGAGAGGAGGACAUAGUUAACCCAGCCAAUGAGCUCAUAAAAGAAGGACAUAUCAAGAAGAUGUCAGCCAAAAACGGGACCGCGCAAGACCGAUACCUCUAUUUGUUCAACAAUAUGGUGCUAUACUGUGUGCCUAAACUCCGACUUAUGGGGCAGAAGUUCAGUGUCAGAGAGAGGAUUGACAUUGCUGGCAUGGAGGUGCAGGAGAAUGUGAAGCAGAACCUUCCUCACACGUUUGCCAUCAUCGGUAAGCGACGUUCGCUGGAGCUGCAAGCCAGGACGGCUGAGGAGAAGGAAGACUGGAUUCAGGUUAUCCAGGCCACGAUUGAACGACACAAACAAAACAGCAAGACGUUCAAAGCCUUCAACAGCUCCUUCUCCCGGGAAGACGACCAUGUGCCGGAGUCACCGGGUUUCUGGUCGAACACAUCCAUCGACUCUGAUGGCGAAAGACUACAAGAAAGGAAGAGUUCCAAGAAAAAGGAGAAGGAGAAGCAGACAUGUAAAGGCUGCAGCGAGAGCUUCAAUUUCACCAAGCGCAAACAUCACUGCAAGUCCUGCGGAGCGGCCAUCUGUGCAAAGUGUUCAAAGAUGGACAACAAAACGAGCCGAGUGUGUCCUGAAUGUUUCGAAGCCAGCCUCAGCAUAGAGAACCUUGGUACUGGUGAACACAGAAGAAAAACUGCACCUGAGAGACAGGUUUCUCUAACGGCAGAGAACUGCCUGCUGUGUGGCCACCUCCAAGUACAGGAGAAAGGGAAGAGCUGGAUGAAAAUGUGGGUUGCUGUGACCAAGGCUGAGCCACUGGUGCUGUACUUACAAAGCAGCGGACAGGACUCAAAGGGGUCGCGGCCAGUACCUCUCCCUGGGUUUGAGGUGAGCCCAGCACCUUCUGCAGCUGCUGAGAAAACGGAGGUCAAACACAUAAUCCGGCUCAGCAACACUCAGCAAACUUUGCUCUUAAGUGCCCAAGAUGAAGAACUUCAGGCCAAGUGGGUGGACUUCCUCUCCAAAGCUGCCCGUGGAGAAGCUUCCGCUGAGGCAUCGACGAGCCUGACUGAACACAGGAAGAGCCAGUAGUGGACACGUUGGAGACACGGGACUCCCCAACCCUCCUUCCUCCCUCUCCUGUGUAUAGAGCACACAUUACUUGAAAUCACUUUACCUUGGCACUUUUUUAUUUUUCCUUAUUUUUUUUCUUUAUAAAGACCACUGAGUCCUUUGCCACUUCAAACUUAUCUUUCUUACCCCACAGCUACUUUUUUUUCCCUCUCUCCAUCCUUAUGUAUUUCCCAAACACGCACCCACACACAAGUAAGGACUAUCCUACCAAGCAACCAAUGCCACUGGUUAGUACAUGUUAUUUCUCAGUGUUUUUAACAGCUUUGAAGAACCUUGAUUUGUAAUAUAGCUGAAAAAAACAUGUUUUUUUUAAAGAUGAAGUUCCUUGUAUAUCAUUCAAUAGUGUUGUGAAGCAUUAACAUUUAUACCUCUGUCUUUCCAUUUGUGCGGACGUGUGUGUGUGUGUGUGUAUGUAUGUAUGUAUGUAUGCGUGUCUUUGAGCGUGAGUCCCUUCCGGUGUUUAUUAAGUAUUGAAUGUUAGUGUAAGGACCCAUGUCACCUCUCUAUUGUCUCCAGCAGUGGUGGGUUAUUGGGUAUUGUACAAUAUGUAUACUAUAGUGUGAUGUAAGGAAAAAAAAGAAAAAAAUAGACAUUUUAACUUAAAAGGCACAGAAAUGUGUACAUUUGUGGCUGGCCACCUGAUGCUCCCACUGUCUUACAGACCCUUUCGUCUCUUAUGCAUUGGUAAAAUUCCCUCUCCGUCAUUAUCGUGGGACUCUGUGACCUUUAAUCUCAUCCUGAGUGACCACAUUUCACUUCUCUUAUCUUCGUGACUCGUCUAGAUGAAAGAGUAGUUACAGGGCUUCAGUUCUGACACUGUGCUGCAGGUUCAGUGUCUCAAUAACUCCACUUGUACACGUACUAAAUAAACCCUUUAUGUGUAGGUCUCUCUUUCUCAACACUGCAACCAUUUGCCUGCUUCUCUCCCUUUUUGGUGAUGUGAUGAAAACCAAGUACUGUACUGUAAAACUGUUUCUUCUGCCUUGUCCCCCGUACCCCGCUCCUAUCAGCACCAGCCUUUAAGCAAAAGUAGCAAAAAAAAAAAAAAAAGCAACAUCGGAUCUCUUUCUGCAUGUAAACUCACUCAUAUUUAUGUACCUUGCUAUGAAAUCUUGCCCUUGCCCCUCUUUUUAUGCUCCAGAAUUUGUUCUUGUAGUACUGUAAGUAAGCAGAGUCAGCAUUGAGUGUUUUAAAAACAUGGUUUGUGCACAGUGGAAAAGCAUCAUCAAUAAACAGACGUGGUUAAUUCAGUACCACACUGUCCAGUAAGAUAUUAA